AUGUUCGAGCGUACAAGGAUUGACAUCUGCUGCCUUCAGGAAACCCGAUGGAAAUCGAAUGGUGUCUGUCAUGUCAACUCAGACAAAGAAAAAUAUAAACUAUUCUGGAAUGGUCAAAAGACGGCCAAAAAUGGCGAUCUCAAUGGCAACGUUGGAGAGAAAACAGAUGGUUUUGACAACGUACAUGGCGGUUUUGGCAAUCGAAAACGAAAUGAUGAUGGCAACCGCAUCCUUGAAUUUGCUGAAAGUCACGGAUUUUGUUUACUGAACACAUAUUUUAGAAAGAGGUUGGAACAUCUCAUAACAUACAAAAGUGGACCAUCAGUCACGCAAAUUGAUUUCUUUGCUGUCAAGCAACAACACCGAAGGCUAUUCAAAAACGUCAAAGUUAUACCUGGCGAAUCAUGUGCAUUAUGUGCUGCUGAGGAUGAAACAGAUAUUCAAGCAGCUGAAUGUGCCAAGGCUGAACAAAAAGAAGAAUUGGCAGAAUUUGAUGAAAAUCUACCUUGGGAAGAUGUCAAGUUCAAUGACGCACCAAACAGUAGUUGUGCAGUGGUGGAAACAAAACUAGAUGAAGCUUCAUCGCUUGAUGUGGAACUUGAGCAACUUAAUAACAAAAGUAAUGUAGUUCUUUCAUUGGACAAGUGGGAACUUGAUCAUUUGAAGGCGCUCAAAGAAGAAGAGGAAAGGAAAGCAGAAGAUGAAGAAGAUGAGAUUCUUUACGUUUCGAAUGUUGAUCAUUCUGUUAAACACAAAAAAAUUAAAUUUAAUAAAUCGAGUAAAAUUCCAUAUUUGGAAAUGAAAAAAAUGCAUUUUUUGGCUAGAAAAGAAGAGCAGCAAAUUUCAAAUGCAAAAGAUGCCAGCAACGUUAACUCUAGCAGUAAUAGUUGUGAUGAUGAAACUGAAGACAUUUGCAUCGAUGAUGAGAAAGAUAAUACAACUUAUGUAAAAAACAGACAAAGUUCAAAGGCAAAUGCCAAACUUUUCGAUGAUAAACAACUUCAAGUAAAAAAAUAUUGGAAGAAAAAUUCACCUCUAAUUAAAUAUUCCAAACAGAACAAAAACUCUGUAGUAAAAUCAAAGGCGAAUAAAGCGAAGCAUCUCGACAAUAGUUACGAUGACAUUGGCGGAGACGUGCUGAAUCAAAUCUCUCUGCAAAAUGAAAGCGAUAACAAAGGAAAACGCUCUUGUCCCGCGAUGUUUCCCGAUGAAUACCAAUGUCCACCUAACAAGCAACCGAAGCUUGAUAUAAAAGAGGAUAUUCUAAAACACAUAACACAAAUUAACAAUACGGCCAAUAGCAUAAAUAUUUUGAAUAACGUUGCACCAAAAGCCCUAGAAAGAGAAAACAAUCAAUCUGUUAACUAUGGAUUAUUAUCAAACAAGCGCUUUAUUCUUCCUAACAAUCAAAGAAUACUAGUUCAUAGAUUUGCACGACCAAAUCUGGUACAGUCGCAAACAGUAAUCAAUUCAAGACAUCUUCCAAGUGCAAUACCUGUUAACAAAAUUGCUGAAAAUAAGUUAACGCCAAUUCUUGAAAAACUCCAAAACAAUGUUCCAUCAAAAAUGCCGCUGGCAACGUUAACAUCACCAGCGUAUUUGAAAACUAAUAAUGUUGUGCCUAAGUCAACCAAUCAUAUAGUGGCUCGAUCAGUGUUCAUGCCUUCUUCUUCUUCGAAUGAUGUGCUUCAGUUUCUUAUUGAGAAAAAUUCUACAAGUGUUCCAAAAACUGUUCAAACACCAGCAGCUACCAAUUACUAUAUUUUAAAAAAUCCUUCAACUCCUGGUCAGAAUUUUUUUAUACCGACCACUAAUUCUAAGACAAACAUUAUUCUAGUACCCAAUGCGCCAAAACAAACUACCAGCACCAAUUCUGGUUUCAUUCUCUUGGCAAACAACAACAUUAAAUGUGAUAAAGUUAAUAACGGUAACAUGUUAAUCAACGCAAACAUUAAUCUACCUGGAUCUGUUGGUGUGACAGUAACACAACAAACAUCGAAACCUAUUAAUAUCAUGCUUCAGAGACAGUCGCCAGUUAAACAAAUCACAUUUGCUCCAUCAACAGUACUUCAAAAUUUUCAGUUAAAAACAAACAGAUUAGCCAACCCGACUACAGCAUCCAACACAAUUCCCAUUUUAGAAAAAUUAGCUAUGCAGCUUGACAAACAAAACAAAAUGUCUCCGCCCUUCACAGUUAAAUUAUCUAAAUUUAACUCAUGCUUUGUUCAACAACCGUUAACCACAAAUGCAGCACCGAGACAGCAACAACGUGUUUUCCUAAAGACGCCCGACGGUUCCAUUAUUCAAUCAAAAAUUGUUACAAACGCUGAUUACCGAUAUCGCUUUAAUUCUGGUUUAAUGUAUAACAAUAACAUUAAUAAUAGCAAUAGUAAUGUCAUUAAUAGUAAUAAUAAAGCUCAGUCUGAAACACAACAAAUUUUGAUUUUAGAUAAUUCAUUUAAUAAUUUUACCAACAAUACAGGCACGUAG